UUACACACCCCGAUCAUAAUCCUCCUACUAGAAGUAUUCUUCAGCGAUCAUCUAGGCAUGGCUAUAGAUAUGUGGACUCUGGAUGCACUCCACUCUUUGAGAUUCUUGGGGAACACCCUGAAAAAGCCAAAAGUCCCAAUUUAUCAAGCUCUAUUUGAGGGGUUCAUGUCAGACCAGGACCAUGUAAUCGCGGAGAUGAUAAGCGCUCUAGGACCUCUUCCAAAACGUUGGUGGGACAAAUGGCAGUAAAAAUUAGACUUUUUCCUCCAAAACAUUUCUUGGAAAACAGGCACAGAUCGAAGUCAUGCACUAUAUUCUCGGCCAUUGGCUGAGCGACUGUAUAUUAUGGGCCGACGAGAGCAGCCGUCGGCGUGCGAGUUUGGUGUAGAUGAAAUGGCAUGUCUCCUGAAGCUUCUAACAUCAAUGCUGAUUCAUGAGCCUUCUGAGCGUAUCACUUCCAGCGCGGCGGUUGUAUUAGAAUGGAUGAGGGGAUGGAGA